CUUUGCAUUCUGCAAGUAAGCCGAGCACACAUCACAGCGAAUCGCGGCGGCGCCAUCCGUGGCCUCAUCUCCGACCUCUCGCCGCCCCCGGCGUCGCCGGCGCGAUGCCUCCGCUCCCCAGGCUCCUCCACCGCCACCUCUCCGUCCCGCUCGCCCGCCGCCUCACCCCUUGCCAUCUGUGGCCGCCCGCGGCCGACGCCUUCCUCCGUCGCGGUCUCGCAUCUUCCUCCGCCGCCGCCGCCUCCGCGGCAGCGGGCCGGGAGAAGAGCUCUAGGAAGACCCUGGGUUACCUUGUCGGCGUGGCAGUCGCCAUGGUCGGCGCCUCCUACGCGGCCGUCCCGCUCUACCGCCGGUUCUGCCAGGCCACCGGGUACGGCGGCACCGUCCAGCGCCGCGAGAGUGUAGAGGAGAAGAUCUCCCGACAUGCUCGAGUCGGAACGACGCCAUCAAGAGAGAUAAUUAUCCAAUUUAAUGCUGAUGUUGCUGAUGGAAUGCCAUGGAAGUUUAUUCCUACGCAGAGAGAGGUGAAGGUUAAACCUGGUGAAAGUGCUCUUGCAUUUUAUACUGCUGAAAAUCACAGUUCAGCUCCGAUUACUGGUGUGUCCACGUAUAAUGUUGCUCCAAUGAAGGCUGCAAUUUACUUCAAUAAAAUACAAUGUUUCUGCUUUGAGGAGCAAACACUUCUUCCAGGGGAGCAGAUUGACAUGCCAGUAUUCUUCUACAUUGACCCUGAGUUUGAGACAGACCCCAAAAUGGACGGGGUGAACAAUAUUGUUCUUUCCUACACAUUCUUCAAGGUGAAAGAGUAGAAAUAUUUGUAAGUGACCCUUAACACCGAAACAGUACGCAAAUCAUGUGCCUGAGAAUUCCUUCUCAUGUAACACCAAGGGUAAAAGGUCUAGGUUUUUUUUUUUUGUGUACGUAGUUAUUAGCUCAUAUCAUUGGUGGAAUUUUUUGCGAAUAAUCUGUAAUUGUUGUUCCAAUGCAAUCGAAUUGGAGAAACAGUUUUGGGCC